AUGGAAUCUAUCAAUUUAACUUAAAUAUGCAAUGUUCUAAUAAUUGGAAAGUUACUCAUUACUAUAGUCUCUUAAAAAAUGAUUCCCUAUUUCGGACUUGAAAAAUAAAAAUUAAAAAAAGGUAAAUUAUAUUCAGAAAUUAAAUAAAGAUAUUCUCCUUUUUAUUUUACUGUACAAUACAGCAAAAAUGAGUUUAUUUCAGUAAUAGCAACAGCUUAGUUUGGUUUAACACAUUUCAUUAAUCCAGUCAAAUGA